AUGUUGGUAUGUGUUAAUGAUAGUAAUAUUAACGGUGCUGAUGAUGGUAAUGAUGAUAAUAUUAGUGAUAGUAGUAAUAAUAAUAAUCAUAAUAGUCAUCGUAAUGAUGUUGAUGAUGUUGAUGAUGAUAAUAAUAAAAAGGUACAUGAAUUGGAAGAUACGAGAGAUGAAAGAAAAAAUCAUAGAAAUGAUGAAGAAAGUACGGGAAAUGGAACAAUCAUUGAAAUUAGAAAUUCAAUCCAUCGAAAUUCAAUUCAAACAAAACUUUUAAUUUAUCAUCAAUUAACUCUUCAUCGUUCUCUUUUUGCUCCUUUAUUUUAA